ACCAUUCCGUGACACGCUGUUGGGAGUGCCGCCGCCUUGACUGCCCUAGAGUCAAACAGCCGAGACCAUGUCGAUGUGGACAUCCGGAAGUCCAGCGCCAAAAUGACACGUCGAACGGAACUGAAAGAUGACCAGUCGACUAUCGUGACUGCUUGACAAACGCCAUGAAGCCGCGACAAACAGCCUUUCAACCUCGCCCAAGAAUGGCGAGUCAAGCAGCCAACUUUCUUGAACUAUCAUCUCCCACCCCCUGACCUGCAAGAUCAAACCCUCCAACAAUGGCACGUCCAUACAGCUGCGAUGAGUACGGCUGCACCAGGUCAUUCCCAUCGCCUAAUGCCUUGGAGCACCACCGAAUCACCCACCUCACCCGAUCAGUCCACUGCUACGGUUGCACGCGAAUGUUCACCACCUACCAUGGCAUGAUCAUCCAUCUCGAGGCUGGUAACUGCACUUCUGGCAUCGAGAUGCGCAGGGUCAAUCGCCUCGCAGCGCAGUGCUUCCAAUGGAAGCAAUACAUCGUCAAACACUUUCGUGAGGAGCUCAGGGGCAGCCAUGUUGGAUAUCGAGGAGAUCCUGCGAAUCGCCCAUUCAAAUGCCCGACCUGUACGAGCACCUUUCCUCUGUUAUCCUCGCUCUUUAUGCAUAUACACAGUCCUUCGUGCGACCAGACGAUAGGAGGCGGCGCCAUCGGCAAGCUGAAGAAGUGGUUGAGGAAGAGCUUGAAGAGGAUGAAAGUGCGGAACUGAGGCGAUGGCGGUGUUGCCGCGACAUAUCAUGGCACAU